AUGCUUCAAAUCAUUAAAUGCCUCCUAAUAGCUUAAACAAUGUACCUCACAUAUGCAGAUAUUGGAUAUAAAAUAUAAUGGGAAGACAACAAUUGGAUGAAUUGUGAAACCAAAACCUAAAUUUAACCUACAAAGUGUUCUGAAGAUGAAUUGCAUUGGGAAGAAUGCUAUAAAGUUCCAAAUGAAGGUCUUUGUACAAUUAAUGAUAUUAAAACAACAUUUUAAGGAGAAUUAUACUUUUACAUUGCUUUCGAACUUGGAUCGAGAGAUGAUAUAAUACAUUAAUAUGAUAUUGAAAUAAAUAGGAAUAGAUAUUAAUGGUUAUAAUAAGCAAUUUAAAGUUUAAAGUUGGACUCAAACUCGAUUAGCAUUAAGAUAAUAACUCCAGGUUUAGUGAUAUCUGGUUUAACAAUAAGGAAUACACCAUUUUCUAAUAAUUCUACUUGUGACGACACUUCUUUUUAUUUCAAUUACCAAUGCUUACCUGAGUAUUGCUUAGACUAAAUCUCUUCAAUCAAUUCUAGCACUCACACUGGUUCAACUAGUUAAAUUGAUCAAAUUACUAAUAAUUUAUAAAUAAUAUCCACCUUUAGCAUACCUUUAAUCUACUGUUUGGUUCCUAAGGUUUAUUUAACUAAAUCUAUUGAAGAUAACACAAUAACAACUAUAUUACCAGAUGAAUAAGUUAAUUUAGAUGAUAAUGAUAACAGAGUCUUAUAUUAUUAUUUGACUCCAAGCCAAUAUUAGAACUGCGAAAACUUUUAAACCUAAGAAGCGAUUGUUUAUUAAUGUUAUAUAGGAAUAGCCCUUGCAGUCAAUAAAGUAACUUAAUACUUACUGAUGUUGAUUUCCCAGAUAAUAGUUUAAAAGUCUACAAAUGCAUACACAAAUUCUAUUUAGACUUUCGAGAUACCAACUUCAAAUUCUGAAUCUUUUACAAUUGGACCCAUUAUUAUUUUCAGUGAUGCUUCAAACUCCAUCGUUGAUACAAACAGUAUGCUCAUCUAAACUACUUAGACUAUUAUAGAUCCAAAUUAUCAAGAUUAUUAAAUACAUUUCUUAAAUGCAAAGAUGACUCAAAAUUCAAAUACUAUUGAUUUGAAAUUAGAAGAGGAGCAAUAAACAGGAUCAAUAAAAGUGAUUACUCUAUCCUAUGAUAGCAACAAUUUUGAUCAAUAAUAAAAUUAUUCCAUCUCUAUAAGAUCCUCUUUGACAAUGAAUUCUACGAGAAGAUUGUUAGGACAGAGAAAUAUUAUUCCACAACUAUAAAUACGCAGUAGUGUUGAUGGAAAUAAAGUAGAAUAUUAAAAGAUUAAAAUUUAUUCAAACCAGGAGUCUACUCUUUAGGGAGGAUAUCUGGCUUUGAUUUUUAUUGCUGUUCUACUAUUUUCAUUGCUUUUCAUAAUAGUCACAAUCUUACUAUUACAAAAAGUAGAUGAUAAAUACUUCAAAAUAAAGUAAAAUGAAGAUAAGAAAACUCCAACAGAUAUAUAAUCCAAUUGA